UAUUGAGGAGAAAUCUGGCAAACUUGAGUUAAAAGACACCAUCUGGAAGAAGAAAAAGAAAGAAAAAAAAACCCUGAAAAUGGUUUUGAGAAUUUAUUGAGGAGAAAUCUGGCAGAUCUAAACCCCUGCGAGACUUGAUGCAGAGUGAGUCGUGGUGUAUUGUAUCGCUGAUCCUGACAUGAGUUAUCGAAGGGACAAUCGUGCAUCUAGAACUGCUCUAUUUGAUAACCUUGAUGGCAUUGAGGAGGGCGGCCUCAGAGCUUCAUCAUCGUAUUCUCGCGAUAUAGACGAGCAAGAAAAUGAAAAAUCUUUAAAUAGCUUGCAGGACAGAGUUGUCUUUCUAAAAAGAUUGACUGGUGACAUACAUGAGGAGGUGCAGACUCAUAACCGUAUGCUGGACCGAAUGGGCAAUGGUAUGGAUUCCGCAAGGGGGAUUAUGUCAGGAACUAUGGAUAAGUUGAAGACGGUGUUUGAAACAAAAUCAAGUCGGAGAACAUGUAAACUCGUCAUAUAUUUGGUCCUGGCAUUCUUCAUCUUAUAUUACCUGUUCAGAUUCCUUCUGCCAGCAGCUGUAUGAUGCUUAAUUUGCAAGACCUGAUGAUGAAUCUGAAUGAAGAAAUAUACUUAGUUAUACUUGGUACUUACUUAUCAUGUUAUUUAGUGUUCAGAUUUUGAAUUUUAAAACUGCUGUUACAUGCCUUUGCCAAUAUAUGUUAAUUAGGUUAUAUUAUUCUCAAUAA